CUUUUUUUCUCUUUUAUAUUUCUGAAAUAUGCCCGGAAAGUUCUUUAAUUACGUCGUAUUCCCAGUAACAACGAUUGCACUUGUUGGAACAAUCAUUCGUAGUCAAGCAAGACCUGCAAAAGCACAUAGUCAUUAUAUGAAAGGAGAUCAUCAGACAAGACAAGGAUGGAAGCAGACAAAUGAUGGGCUUAGUGUACAAGAUGUUGGCAGAAGUGGUGGUGGUGUAUAAUUCAACUUUUUUUGUAUAUACGUAUUGUUUUAUUUCUAUUCCCACACACACGCACACAAGUAUAUAUUCAUAAAUAAAUAAACGCGAUCCUUUUCUUCUUGUACUCUAUAUCACAUUGUUUUCCAUAAUUCGUGAUGCCUAUGGCAAUACAUUUCAGAGAUAUAUAACCAGUGUUGAUCGUUCAGCUGGGUAACAGGAUAUCAUGAGAAGUAGGGAGAGAAGGAGAGGGUAAGAAAUAAUCAUUAUGCACUAAAAUAAAAGAAAUUUAAUACUUAAUACAGACAAUACAUCGAGGCAAACAGGGUGUUUGUAGUUGAAUAGUUAAACAAGGGUAUUUCACACCAAGAGAACUUUGCAGGAACCAUUCAUUAUGCGGAGCUUUAGAGAUGACAAAGCCUAAAUGAAAC